GAACAAGAACUGAAAAUUUAAGACGAAAUAAGGAGAAAGAAAUGUCGCUUUUUUUCCUUCUUUAAUCUCUAUAAAUACCUCCAUCACUCUCCCCCUUGUCUCCGAUUCUAGGGUUCCUUUUCUCUCCGGAUAGAUCAAUCGACCGAGUCCUUGGCGAUAGAUUUUAGUGUUCAUGCCGGCUUAGGGUUCCGGUGGUGGAGGGAUCGGAGAUGACGGACUUCCGGGAGAAGCAGGAGGAUGCCGGUUGGGAGUUCCGGCGGGGGCUGGAGGAGCUGGUCCGCGGCCACAUCGACGGCUGCAUGACCACCCUCGCCUCCUGCAGCUCCGCUGCUGACGAUGACGACGGCUUCUCCGCUGGCGGCGGCGGCGGAGGAGGAGGAGGAGAAGCCCCCGACCUCCUCGCCCGACGCCGCCGGCGGUCGGACCUCGAGGGGGACGACCUCGCGGAGUCGUCCGCCGCUGCUCGACGUCACUCCCGGAUACUCAGCCGGUGGGCCGCCCGCCAAGCUGAGGAGAUGAUCACCACCAUCGAGCGCGGGAACCGCGAGAGCGAGCUCAUGGCCCUCGCCGGGCUCCACACUGUGUCCAUGCUCGAUUCGUCGUUCCUCCGCGAGUCCCAGCGGGCCCAGUCUUCGGUCGAGCGCCCCGUGGCUGCCCGGGCCUCCUCCAUCCUCCAGCGGUGGCGCGAGCUCGAGUACGCCGCUGCGAGGGACCGGAGGAGCCCCACCGCGUCCGGCAACCACCGCCGGAGUGCGGCGGAGAGCCGGGGGACCUCCGAGGAUGCCAGCGAGAGUGAUGACAACGAGUACCGCCGGUGGGCUCAUGACCCAUUGGGUCCGGUCGGCAGGAGGAGGGAUGUGGGUUUGUUUGAUGAGGACGGCCGCCGGGGGUCGAGCAGGGAGCAAUCCCCUGAACUCGGGGACGGCGAGAGGGAGAGGGUGAGGCAGAUUGUUCGUGGAUGGACGACGGAGAAUGGGAUAACGGAUGCAGCGUCCCGGAUGUCACCGAGGAAUGAGAGCCCGAGGGGCGAGUGGCUCGGCGAGACGGAGCGCGAGAGGGUAAGGCUGGUGAGGGAGUGGGUGCAGAUGGCGAGCCAACAGAGGGACGCCCGGGCUAGCAGGAGGGAGGAGCGGGACCGGGACGUGUCGGCGACGGAUCACGAGGAGGGGCAGCCGGAGCCCGUCCGGAGGGACUUGCUGAGGCUACGUGGAAGGCAGGCUCGGCUCGAUCUGAUUAUGAGGAUUGUGAGGGAAAGGCAGAGAGAGCUUCAGGGUUUAUCCGAGCAUCGUGCUGUUUCGGACUUUCCUCACCGGAAUCGCAUUCAGUCAUUACUCCGAGGUAGAUUCUUAAGAAAUGGGGGAUCAACCGAGGAAGGGAGAGCACCAUCAGUUGCAGCAAGAGAAUUGGGUCUGCUGAGACAAUGCCAUCCUGUCUCUGGCUUGAGUGAAGGAUUUCGAUACAGACUUGAAAAUAUUGUCCACGGUCAAGUUAGCAGCCAUUGCGAUGCUUCGGUUAGUCAUUAUAUCAAUGGCUCUAGGAAUGAUCAACCUCAUAGCCAUAACAUCAGUGGCUCUAGAAAUGAUCAAUAUCAACCAAGUACUGAUGCAGAGGUGUCAAAUGUUAACCAUGACUCAUCUCAAUUUAAUAAUGAGAAUGCUGAGAUACAUGAAACAACAGAGACACAUGCAACAUCAGAAAUCGAAAACCACACACCAGAUGAUAAUAUAGACUGGCAAGAAUCUGUUACUCAACAGGUGACAUGGCAGGAAGAUGCAGAACAUGGGGAAAGGGACUGGCAACAGCCUUUUGAAGUUGGUUAUAGUGAAUGGCAUGAGGGAACCGGAGAAGAAUCUGAUGGGAACUGGCAGGAGAAUAUGGAACAGGAAUGGUCUCGUGAAACACCUGAAGAUGAAGAUGGAGAAGAUAGUAAUCUCCUAGAAGCAAAUGAGGAGUGGCAUGAGGAUUAUUCUCAAGAAAAUCUUGCAGACUGGCAGGAUGGACCUUCAGAUCCUCCAAGAGCUCUGCGAUCCAUUCCUAUUAGAAGAGUUAAUAGAUUUAUUCCACCUGAUGAUGACAACAUCUACAGCAUGGAGGUCAGGGAACUCUUGAGCAGGAGAAGUGUCUCUAAUCUUCUUCAAAGUGAGUUCCGUGAAAGUUUAGACCAACUGAUACAGUCCUAUAUUCAACGGCAAGGGCAUGCUCCCCUUGAUUGGGAUCUGCAAGGAACUAUGCCUGCUCCUGCUUCACUGGAGGAAGAUCAGGGCCAGCAGAGAGAUGAUCCAAGUCAGGGCCAGCAGGAAGCUAUUCCCAGGCCUCCACUUGUGCUGCCACCUCCACCUGUACCACCUCCACAACCACUAUGGCACUCAGAAUUGCAUCAUAAUAAUUGGACUCAACAGAGCAUGCAUCGUUCAGACAUCGAAUGGGAUAUGAUUAAUGAUUUAAGGGCUGAUAUAGGUAGGCUUCAGCAAGGGAUGAGCCAUAUGCAGCACAUGUUGGAGGCAUGCAUGGAUAUGCAAUUAGAGUUGCAGCACUCUGUUAGACAGGAAGUUUCAGCCGCUUUGAAUCGCUCUGUUGGAGAAGGCCGGCAUAUUUAAUCUACUUUGGAUAACGUGCCAUUCUAUAUGGCAUCAGAUUGAGGUUGGAGGUGGUCAAGCUGUUUGAGGCUUCAAUUAGAUCUAUUCGGAGCUCAUUUUUUGGAGCGGCGACUUGAUUGUUGGUAGUUUAAAGGUAAUAGUUCGGCCUGUUUCUAGAGCUUGUAUUUGUUGUGCGUGUGGGCAAACAUGUGGUCUUUAUUUUGAUUCGAUAUUUGGAUUGUGGUGGCUAGCUUUAUCAACAUCAACAUCGCUGCUUUUGCUACUACUAUUUGUCUCCAUAAGUUGAACAACACCUAUUAUCCAAAUUGAAAGUCUAUUGUCAAAAAUAAAUUUGAAAUCUAGGAAGGUAAUAUGGAUUCUCCAAGCUUCGAUAGAUAAAGAGAAUUAUCUCCAUAUCUAAGAUAAACAUGAGCCGAAGCAAGUGCAGGAUAUUUUUGUAGCCAUCUACUCAAGUUCAAGCAAGGUGAGACGUCUCAAACAAAAAUUGCUUAAAGAAUGUUUUCGGGUUCCAAGCUUCCUCGUAAAUCCAAAAGAAAAGCAGAAUUGGUUUAAAGAUGAAGAUUUGAAGCAGGAGGAGCUUGAUCAGUUAGAGGUUGGAUCAAGUUCGAAAGACUCAAAAAAGGAUAAGGUUGCUCAGCUUAAAAAUCAAUCAAGUCUAGAAAAAGAUAUCUAGAGCAAAAGAAGCUUGAUCAGAUGGAUAUUGGAUCAAGUUCAAAAGAGAUCGUGACUGAAGAACUAGUUGAUUUUGAAAUUGCUCAGGAAGACUUAAAGGAUGCUAUGGUUGAUCCAAUCGUAGAAAUUCAUAUUGAGGAGUUCAAUUAUGUGGAAGAGUCGUAUGUUCAAUCCAUUCGAGAUAUGCAUGUUUCUUUUGGAGACCUAUUCAGCCAUGCUAAUGAAGAGUUGCUUAAUUUUGAAUUAACUUCGGAGAUCGAGCAAUAAGAAGACAUGCUUGGUGGAGAUGAUUCAUAUUGUGCCUUAGUGUUCGAUAAGAUUUUUAGUGCCCAAGUUAAUUUUGAAGCUACUUCAGAGUUUAAACAAUCAAAAGACUAUGCAUGAGAAUUUGAUUUCAUAUGUGGAAGCCAAUUGUGUGCAAAUACAUGGAGCUGCUCAACUCAAGGCAUAUGAAUAUAGCCAAAGUUUUGUUAUUGAUUAUACUUAUUUGCAGGCGAUAUCUGAUGCUCUAUUGAGCAGUGAUUACUAAUGGCUACUGGAUGUUCAUUGGUACAAGUUGGAUGGCUUAUGGAAUCUUGACAUAGUGGAUGUGGAGUCAAUGCUAAGAGGAGGUAUUGCAGGAUAUUGUCGAUCUCAGCAUAUGUAUCAAAUGAGACAAGCUAAUGAAGGUGUUUUUGUUUGAGCCAAUAAAGAAGCUGCAUUGUUUGAUUAUUGGUUCGACAAGUUGUUGCAUGUUGCUGUUGCUGCAGCAAUCAAGGUUCGCCGUACCGGGUCCGGUAGGCAUACCGAUCGCCUACUUGACUGGUAUGGUUCUGGUUCGUUCCAAAACUGGCCGGUACGAACCGGCCAGCUUUUCCCCGUCGGAGCCAGGGAAGACGAAGAG